AUGGAGAAAACUGAGUAUCGUGCCGUCAUUAAGUACCUUCAUUUGAAAGGCAUGACUCCAUCAGAAAUCCAUGAGGAUAUGGUGAGAACCUUAACAGACAAUGCUCCUUCAUAUGCAACAGUCAAACGCUGGGUAAAUGAAUUCAAGCGUGGCAGGGAAAGUGUGGAAAAUUAUCCCAGACCAGGGAGACCUCCAACUGCAACCACCGAGGACAACGUUAACCUUGCUCUUGGUAUGAUAAUGCAAAAUCGCCGAAUAUCAUGUUGUCAGAUAGCCGAAAGGCUGGGCAUCUCAACUGAAAGAUCAGACAACAUUGUGACAAAAUAA